AUGAGAAUCAAUCCUACUACUUCUGGUUCUGAAGUUUCCGCGGUUGAAAAAAAAAACCUGGGGCGUAUCGUCAAAAUCAUUGGUCCGGUAUUAGAUGUAGCUUUUCCCCCCGGGAAGAUGCCUAAUAUUUAUAAUGCUCUGGUAGUUCAAGGACGAGACAAUGAACAAACGAACGUGACUUGCGAGGUACAGCAAUUAUUGGGAAAUAAUCGAGUUAGAGCUGUAGCUAUGAGUGAUACAGAUGGUCUAAUGAGAGGGAUGGAAGUGAUUGACACGGGAGCUCCUAUAAGUGUUCCGGUCGGUGGAUCGACUCUGGGACGAAUUUUCAACGUGCUCGGACAACCUGUUGAUAAUUUAGGUCCUGUAGAUACUAAUACAACGUCUCCUAUUCAUAGAUCUGCGCCCGCCUUUAUACAGUUAGAUACAAAAUUAUCUAUUUUUGAAACAGGAAUUAAAGUAGUAGAUCUUUUAGCCCCCUAUCGCCGCGGGGGAAAAAUCGGACUAUUUGGGGGAGCUGGAGUGGGGAAAACAGUACUCAUUAUGGAAUUGAUUAACAAUAUUGCCAAAGCUCACGGGGGAGUAUCCGUAUUUGGCGGAGUGGGUGAACGUACUCGUGAAGGAAAUGAUCUUUACUUGGAAAUGAAAGAAUCCGGAGUGAUUAAUGAAGAAAAUAUUCCCGAAUCAAAAGUGGCCCUAGUUUACGGUCAGAUGAAUGAACCGCCGGGAGCUCGUAUGAGAGUUGGUUUGACUGCCCUAACUAUGGCAGAAUAUUUCCGAGAUGUUAAUGAGCAAGACGUACUUCUAUUUAUCGACAAUAUCUUUCGUUUCGUCCAAGCGGGAUCGGAAGUAUCGGCCUUACUGGGUAGAAUGCCUUCUGCUGUGGGUUAUCAACCGACCCUGAGUACCGAAAUGGGUUCUUUACAAGAAAGAAUUACUUCCACCAAAGAAGGUUCCAUAACCUCGAUUCAAGCAGUUUAUGUACCUGCAGAUGAUUUGACCGAUCCUGCUCCUGCUACGACAUUUGCACAUUUAGAUGCGACUACCGUACUAUCAAGAGGUUUAGCUGCCAAAGGUAUCUAUCCAGCAGUAGAUCCUUUAGAUUCAACGUCAACGAUGCUUCAACCUCGGAUCGUUGGUGAGGAACAUUAUGAAACUGCGCAAAGAGUUAAGCAAACUUUACAACGUUACAAAGAACUUCAGGACAUUAUAGCUAUCCUUGGGUUGGACGAAUUAUCCGAAGAGGAUCGUUUAACCGUAGCAAGAGCGCGAAAAAUUGAGCGUUUCUUAUCACAACCCUUUUUCGUAGCAGAAGUAUUUACUGGUUCUCCAGGAAAAUAUGUUGGUCUAGCAGAAACAAUUAGAGGAUUUCAAUCGAUCCUUUCCGGCGAAUUAGAUGGUCUUCCUGAACAGGCCUUUUAUUUGGUAGGUAAUAUCGAUGAAGCUACCGCGAAGGCGAUGAACUUAAAAACUUAG